AGCAGAGACGUGUCAGACCAGGUACACACCAGGGAGGCACACUUCAUAAACUCUACUCUGAGCCUCAAAUCCUCGAGCUGAAAGACUUGUGACUCCUGAAUGACAUGUUGUAGAUGACUGUGUUGUAAAUCACUUAAAAUACAACCUCCUCUGAGCUUCACACGAGGACUUUAAGCCGGGUCUUGGAGAUAGAAGUUGGACUUUGACUUGGGAGUCGUCAUAUAAAGUAGAGGAGAAGGAAAAGGAGGUUAUUUCACAGAGGGAGGACGAGAGAACAAGGCCAUGGCCAUGUGGAGGACAGUAGGAGCUUUACUGCUGAUAGUACAUGCUGUGUUCAGCCAGAGCCUGAUCAGAUGGUGCACCAUCUCCGACCCAGAGCAGAGGAAAUGUCAGGCCAUGUCGGAGGCUUUCGCCGCCGUCUCCAUCCGUCCGUCCCUCAGCUGCGUCAACGGAGCGACAGUCGAGGGCUGCGUUCAGAAACUGCAGAAAAAUGAAGCCGAUGCCUUGUCCAUGUUCGGCAGUGACAUCUACAAACUGGGGAAGACCACCUCCUUCAAGAUAGCUGCCAGUGAAUCAAAGCCUGACCGUACCGGUGCCUCCUACUAUGCAGUUGCUGUGGUGAAGAAAACCAAUCCUUCCAUCAACAUCAACAACCUCGCAGGAAAAAAGACCUGCCACACCGGGAAGGGCCGAACAGCCGGCUGGAAUAUGCCUUUGGGAUACUUCAUAGAUCAGGGUUACAUGUCUGUGAUGGGCUGUGACAUCCCAAAGGGUGUGGCUAAUUUCUUCAAUGCUAGCUGUAUCCCUGGAGCAAACGAGCCCGGAGACCCUCCAUCUCUGUGUCAGCUGUGCAAAGGAGACGCCACCGGACUGCACAAAUGUGAAAAGAGCAACAAGGAGAGAUACUUCAGCUAUGAAGGAGCUUUCAGAUGUCUGGCUGAAGAUGCAGGAGAGGUGGCCUUCAUCAAACACACAACUGUCGAGGAGAACACUGAUGGUCGGGGUCCAGAAUGGGCAAAACCACUGAUGUCUUCAGACUAUCAGCUGCUGUGUCGUGACGGCACCAGAGCUAAAGUCUCUGACUGGAAGACAUGCAAUCUGGUCCGUGUCCCGUUUCGUGGCAUUGUGGUCGGCAAUCACGUCACUCCCUCUGUGGUGUUCAGCAUGCUGACGGAGGGGUUGGAAAAGUCGGGCUUCAACUUGUUUUCAUCUACAUCGUUUGGAGGAGAAAAUUUGUUGUUCUCCGAUUCAUCCACCCUGUUUCAGGGGGCAGAGUCGGACGACCCCAAGACGUGGAUGGGCCGCUACUAUUACAAUGCCAUGAAAGCCAUGGACUGUAAAUCAGAAACUGUCCUGCGGUGGUGUGUGUUGUCCAGCGGUGAGCAGCAGAAGUGCGCUGACAUGGCCGUAAACUUUAAAAAUAAAGGUCUGACUCCGGACAUCAAGUGCGUCUACGGAGACUCUGUGACUGACUGCAUGGCAAAAAUCAAGAACAACGAGGCUGAUGCCAUCACUCUGGAUGGAGGCUACAUCUACACAGCAGGCAAAGACUACGGCUUGGUCCCUGCUACCGCUGAGAGCUACACAGAUGACCGUGAUGGCUCCAUGUACUAUGCAGUGGCGGUGGUGAAAAAGAGUAGCCUCGACAUCCGUAACAUUGAAGACCUGCGUGGUCGUCGCUCCUGUCACACUGGAUUGGGUCGCACGGCUGGCUGGAACGUUCCCGUGGCGAACCUGAUCGAGAAAGGCCUGAUCACCCCUCAGCAGUGUCAGAUACCCCAAGCGGUGGGAGGGUUCUUCAAGCAGAGCUGUGUACCAGGUGCCAACCAGCCUGGCUUCCCUAGCAGCCUGUGUGAUUUGUGUGUGGGAGACAGUUCAGGGAACAACAAAUGUGAGAAGGGGAAAGACCUGUAUGAUGGAUACGAUGGUGCCUUCAGGUGUCUGGCGAAGGGAAAUGGAGAUGUGGCUUUCGUCAAGCACUCUACUGUCUUCCAAAACACUGAUGGUAACUCUGGUGAGUCGUGGGCAGUAGAUCUCCACUCUACAGAUUUCCAGCUGCUCUGUUCUCAGAACACUAAGGCCGAGGUCACGCAGUACAGACACUGUAACCUGGCCAGAGUCCCCUCCCAUGCUGUAAUGGUACGACCAGACACCAACAUCCACAAUGUCUAUGGACUCCUGGACUACGCACAGAAAUACUUUGGCAGUGACACAAACCCUGAUUUCAGGAUGUUUGACUCUCAGGCCUAUAAGGGCACAGAUCUCAUCUUCAAAGACUCCACCGUUCGCCUCGUGGGUGUUGCUAACAGAAAGACCUACCAGGAGUGGCUGGGACAGGGUUACAUGGACUCACUGGUUGAAAUGGAGUGUAAUUCAUCAAGUGCAGUGAUGUCCUCUGUGUUGCUGCUGAUGAUGGCCCUGUUCAGCUUCAUGCUGACCAACCUCUGGAUGUAAAGGCACAAUAUGAAACAUUCGUCCUGCCUCUUCUCGUACUCCCUUCUUCCUCCUUCUUUCUAAUCAUUUUUCCCUUUAUCCCUUUCCUGUAUUCUUCCCCUCCUCUCUUCUCUCUCCAUGUGUGGCUCCUUUGUCACCACUUUUCACACAUGAAUCUUCAGAUGUCAGCCUUCUUGAUUGCUGUCCAAUCAAAUCACCCGCUAUAGCCUUAGUCCAGCCUAGUUUAGCCCUGCUUUUCGGGAGACCCACUCCUUCUCUCUCUGACUGUGUUUUUGUCUUAAAAUUGCUUAAUUUCUACCAGAUUGAAUAAUAUUUCAAUAUAUGAGAAGAUGUCGUGUUGGAACUGCCUUUGGAUUUAAAUGGAGCAACUGUUGAAGAAAAUGAGGGACUUGUUUUUUGUGGCAGAGAGGAGUUCAGCUGGUGUGAAUCAGACAUGAUGAGAGAAGGUGCUGCUGCCACUUUGUUUACUGAAGGUGAGCUGCCAUAUCAGUGCAUAUGCUGCCACCUGUUACAUUGCUUUAGUAGGGUAGUGCCUCUCUCUCUCUCUCUGAGGAACAGCCAAUCUAAUUUCUAUCCACACAUGAGCCACAGAUAAUGUUUUAACUUCUCACAGAAACCUAAUCUGAAGAUCACUUAAACUGUUUAACUUGUAAAAGUGCUGGUUUGACCAGUACAUACAUAUUACAACAUGUUUUCUCACUUACAUCUUGUGACGUGCAGAUUGGUUUAAUUUGUCCAUGUUUUGACAUUUCUGUCUUUUAGAUUUCUGCCUCUGCCUCAGUGCGAAGGAGGGGAAAGAAAACAUGAAAUAUUAUUUCAUCCUAUUAUUUUGGAUAAUCCAUAGAACACAGUCUCAGUAGUCUCAGUAGUUUUUAUAGGAAAUUAGUGAGUAGUAGUAGUAGUAGACGUAGUUCCAGCCAAAAUAGUUCAGUGUCUAUGGAUUAUCCAGAAAGUUCUGAGAAGCUUUUCAAAGAUGUGAGCACCAUAAACAAAAUUCCAUUUUUAGUACAUCCAUUGUCUUGGAUGCAUAAAAACCUGGACAAAUAACAACUAAACUUACAAACUUACCAGAGAGUAAGUUUUUUAGCCUUUUAGGCUAACUGGUCCCAGGUCAGCUUUCCCAUUUGCAAAAGGCUUCAUGUGACUAUAGAAGUAAGAUUGUUGUUCUGCUCUGCUGCCACUUGCUCUGUGAGUACUACUAAUGGACGCAGCCUUUUCAUUAGCUGAGGUUGUGUUUCUGCUAUAAGCUAAUGCCAUAUCAGUGAAUAUGCACUAGUGUUACCUCCACACAGAGCUGUGCUGGGGAUGGUGUGAGGAUGAGUGAGUGAGUUUUCAACCAUAGGCUGUCAGCUUCAUGUAUUCUCCUCAAAUGCUUUGAAACCAAAGAGAUAAAUAAUUUAAUUUAUCCUUGUUGUUGUUAUCAAUCUGAGACUUUUGGGAUGGCGCUACACCUGCAACCACUUUUUUCAAACCUUUGUAACAUUUCAGUUUCUACAUUUAGACACAAAUGGAGUGAGUAACUCUGAACACACUGGUUUGGGGAGAACAUGAAGAAAACAUCCUGUGGUUUGUGUUGGAUAGUGAAUGUGUUUUUGUUGUCUGGAUGGUUUAAGUCAAUGAACAGUUUGUGUCAAUUGAAGGGAGAUGACAGGUUUCACUUUAAUUUCAUAGUGAAGAUAGUUUUUAAAAAGUUAAAUAAAGGUGGACAAGAAAAUAUAAUACAGUUAAAAGGCAGUAAUUGUUAAUAUUAGACUAUGCUCCGCUCAUGUCUGCUAACCCAAACAACUCACUCCAGAAGUGUCUCUUUCUAACUCAAACUAACCUGUUCUCAUCGUUAUCAACUGUACUUCCUGCUGCUUGAUGCCAUUUCCUGUUUUAAACUUGUUGAUUGGGUGUGUAUUUUCCUAUUUUGAGAGAUUUAUUUUUAUAUGAAGGUCAGGUGCCAUAUCAGUGUAUAUGUACUGACUCAUGCUGUCAGAAACUAAUGCCUUCUCUUCCUCUUGAUAGAGAUUUAUUUCUAUGUGAAAUGAUGUAACAUGUAACUAAUAUUUAGUUGCCAGGCCAGUGCGUCUGCACAAGUAUUGCUACAUAAAGCUAUUUUUCUGUUCUUUUUCAAAUGAAAUAAACUUAUAUGCUGCAAUGUG